AGGAAGGGGGGAGGAGGGAGACGCACGGGGAGGGGAGGGAGGAAGCUAGACAACGGGGGAAGGGGGAGCAGCGGUGGCGCAAGCCGCGCGGAGCAGCGCAACCCGGGUCCGCUCCCUUUACCGCCGCCUCCCGGCCCGGUCAGCGGCGCCGGUGCCCCAGCGUCCCCGGAACACCUCAAAGCGGACGGAGGAGUCCAUGUUGGGGAACUUGGCGGCAGAGUGACGGGGACCUAGGGAUCUGCGGUGGGGCCGCCGCCGCCGCUGGACCAAGCGCCUCGACCUCGGCCUGAGGAAACCCUUUUCCAAGGAGAAAUGAAGAAGAAAACUGUAUAUACCCUAAACAUGGGAGAUAAGGAGUAUGAAGAUAUGGAAGGAGAAGAACAUAGAGAUGAUACUGCUACUACUGGUCUGUUGUACAGUGAAGCUGACAGAUGUCCCAUAUGUCUUAAUUGCCUAUUAGAGAAGGAAGUUGGUUUUCCAGAAAAUUGUAAUCAUGUGUUCUGUAUGACCUGUAUUCUUAAAUGGGCAGAGACACUGGCUUCAUGUCCUAUUGACCGAAAACCUUUUCAGGCAGUGUUUAAAUUCAGUGCAUUGGAAGGUUGUGUUAAGGUUCAAGUAAAAAAACAGUUGAGAGAAGCAAAGGACAAGAAAAAUAAAAGCUCUUUGAAGAAUCAACUCUCCUGUCACGAAAAUUCUAAAAGCUGUACAAGAAAAAAAGUCAUCAUAAGAGAAGAUCUAUUAAGUGCAAAAUUUUAUGACAUCAAGAUGAUGCAUAAAAACUCUUCAUACAGUGAAACAGAAGGAAAGAAAAAUGAAGCAAUAAAGAUAUAUAAGCCUCAAAGAUCAAAUUGGUGUACAAGUCAGUGCUUCAGAAAUUUUUUCUCCAAUAUAUUUUCUUCUAGUAGUCACACUGGAGAAUCUUCUUUUACCUGUAGAGCUUAUUGUACAGAAUUUAUAGAAGUCAAUGAAAUCAGUGCACUGAUUAGGCAGAAGAGACAGGAACUGGAAUUAUCAUGGUUUCCUGAUACAUUACCUGGAAUUGGAAGAAUUGGUUUUAUACCCUGGAAUAUUGAAAUGGAAGUUCUUCCUCUCAUUUCUUCUGUGUUGCCAAGAACUAUUUUUCCAACAAGUACCAUAUCUUUAGAAAAUUUUGAUACUUCUUGCAAGGCAUUAGCACAUACCCAAGAAGGAGAAGAAAAGAAGCAAACUUCUGGUACGUCAAAUACCAGAGGAUCAAGACGAAAACCUGCAGCAACAACUCCUACAAGGAGAUCUGCACGUAACAUGAGAGCUGAGGCAGUCAGUCAGUCUCCGAGAUCCCCAGUAUCAAAUAAUUCUAGGUGUGAUGCCCCAGGUAACAAUAAUCCAUCUGUAAGUGUUUCCUCUUCAGCUGCAUCAGAAAAGCAAACAAGACAAGCUCCAAAAAGGAAGUCUAUAAGAAGAGGAAGAAAACCACCUUUAUUAAAAAAGAAGCUUCGGAGUUCUGUACCUCCACCUGAAAAAUCAUCUUCCAGUGAUUCAGUAGAUGAAGAAACGGCAGAAUCUGACAUGCCACCUGUGUUAGAAAAAGAGCACCAAUCAGAUGGAGAAAGUAGUACUAAUUGUACUGUGAAGACAAAUGUAGAAGACCAAUCUGCUAACUGCUUGCAAAGUUUCAGUGAGCAAAUAGAAAGUGAGAAACAUGCUGAGAAUCGUGAUAUAGAGGAAAACGUAGAAUCUUCAUAUUCUGAAUCUUGUACUCAGGGUCCUCCUGUGCUACUUGGGGAGGAAGAGGAAAUUCAAAAACUUGAGAACACAGAUAGAGAGGCUAAAGUUUUGUGUUUAGAAAGUGAGAUUUCUGAAAAUAUUUCUGAAAAGGGAGGUGAUCCAUUAGAAAAUCAAGACCAGAUAUUUGGACCUUCAGAAUCAGAGGUAAAGGCAGAUAUGUAUACAGAUCAUCCUCCAAAUGACUUUCUUCCAUGUUCAGGAUCCGAAAGUGAAGUACACAAACCUGUAUCUAGUCCCUUACCCGAGUUACCUGAGAAUGCAGAGUCAGUGGUUAAUGAAGAAAAAAUGAGAGAGAAUCCCAUAGCAGAAAUUAUUGAUCAUAAAGAUUCUACAGUAAAAAUAGAAGAGCUUAUAGAUAGUCCCAAGUUAGAAUCCUUUGAGGGUGAAAUGAUACAAAGAGUGGAUAGAAAAUCUAUUGAGAACUCAGAGAUUCAGUUGCUUGGGCAUGUUAAAACUGAAGAUACAGAAAUAAUUACAACAUGUGAUACUUCUGAGAAUGAAAAUGUCAAUAGUAUUCAAGACUCUGAAAAUAAUUUAUUAAAAAAUGAUCUUAUUAACACCAAGUUGGACAAAUCUUUAGAAGAAAAAAGUGAAUCUGUGAUUGAACAUCCCAGAUCUACAGAGUUGCCUAAAACACAUAGUGAACAAAUUCAGAAGCAUUUUAGUGAGGACAACAAUGAAACGAUACCUAUGGAGUGUGAUUCAUUUUGCGGUGACCAAAAUGAAUCCGAAAUUGAACCAUCUGUAAAUGCUGAUUCUAAACAACUGAAUGAAAAUUCUGUGGCACUCAGUUCUGAAAAUAAUGUACCGUCUUUUGAUCCUGCAAAUGAAAAGACUGAAUCUGUAUCUCAACCAUCAGAAAGCUCAAUAGAUACAAUAGAUAAAGCCAAAAAGCCUCGUACUCGAAGAUCUAGAUUUCACUCCCCAUCUACUACUUGGUCUCCCAACAAAGAUUCUGCACAAGAAAAGAAGCGGUCCCAGUCUCCAUCUCCCAAAAGAGAAACUGGUAAAGAAAGUAGGAAGUCUCGAUCACCAUCUCCUAAGAAAGAAUCUGUCAGAGGACGGAAAAAAUCUCGUUCUCAGUCCCCCAAAAAGGAUAUUGCAAGAGAACGGAGGCGAUCUCAAUCUCGGUCUCCAAAAAGAGAGAGUACAAGGGAAGGGAAAAGAUCUGAAUCACUGUCCCCAAGAAGAGAUACUUCUAGAGAGAACAGAAGAUCUCAGUCAAGAGUGAAAGAUUCCUCUCCAGGAGAAAAAUCCAGAUCCCGGAGCAGAGAAAGAGAAAGUGAUAGAGAUGGACAGAGAAGAGAUCGAGAAAGAGAGAGGAGAACCAGAAGAUGGUCUAGGUCCAGAUCUCAUUCUAGAUCACCCUCGAGAUCCAGAACAAAAAGUAAGAGUUCAUCAUUUAAUAGAAAUGACAGAGAUGGUUACUCUCCUCGGUGGAAGGAAAGAUGGGCAAAUGAUGGUUGGAGAUGUCCACGAGGAAAUGAUCGAUACAGAAAGAAUGAUCCAGAGAAACAGAAUGAAAAUACAAGAAAAGAAAAAAAUUAUAUCAAUCCAGAUGUCGAUGAUCCAAAUUCUGCUGAAAAACGUAGAAAUGACUGUCUUAAUUGGGUUACAGAAAAAAUAAACUCUGGGCCUGAUCCAAGGACCAGAAAUCCAGAAAAGUUGAAAGAGGCUCAUUGGGAAGAAAAUAGAAAUGAAAAUUCAGGGAAUUCUUGGAAUAAAAACUUUGGUUCAGGUUGGAUGUCUAACCGUGGUAGAGGUAACCGUGGACGAGGCACUUACAGAGGUAGUUUUGCCUAUACCGAUCAGAAUGAAAGUAGGUGGCAAAACCGCAAACCCCUCUCAGGGAAUUCAAAUAGUGCAGGGAAUGAGUCUUUCAAAUUUGUGGAACAGCAACCCCAUAAGCGAAAAAGUGAGCAAGAGUUCUCAUUUGAUACACCUGCAGAUAGAUCUGGGUGGACAUUUGCCUCUAGUUGGGCUGUGAGAAAGACUCUGCCAGCAGAUGUACAAAACUAUUAUUCACGACGAGGCAGGAAUUCUUCAGGUCCACAGUCUGGAUGGAUGAGACAAGAAGAGGAAACAACUGAACAGGAUUCUAACCUGAAAGACCAAACAAACCAACAAAUUGAUGGUUCUCAGCUGCCUAUAAAUAUGAUGCAACCACAAAUGAAUGUAAUGCAGCAACAAAUGAAUGCACAACAGCAGCCUAUGAAUAUCUUCCCAUAUCCAGUGGGUGUUCAUGCUCCUUUGAUGAACAUCCAACGCAAUCCAUUUAACAUUCAUCCUCAGCUACCUUUGCAUCUCCACACAGGAGUGCCUCUUAUGCAGGUAGCUGCUCCUACCAGUGUGUCUCAGGGACUACCACCACCACCACCCCCUCCCCCACCAUCCCAACAAGUCAACUACAUUGCUUCACAACCAGAUGGAAAGCAAUUGCAGGGUGUUCCUAGUUCUUCUCAUGUAAGUAAUAACAUGAGUACACCAGUCUUGCCUGCUCCGACAGCAGCCCCAGGAAAUGUGGGAACAGUUCAGGGACCAAGUUCUGGUAAUACUUCGUCUUCAAGUCACAGCAAAGCCUCUAAUGCUGCUGUAAAAUUGGCAGAAAGCAAAGUAAGUGUUACAGUGGAAGCCAGCGCAGAUAGCUCGAAGACAGACAAGAAAUUGCAAAUUCAAGAAAAAGCAGCGCAAGAGGUAAAAUUGGCCAUUAAACCAUUUUACCAAAAUAAAGAUAUCACCAAGGAAGAAUAUAAAGAAAUUGUACGGAAAGCAGUAGAUAAAGUUUGUCAUAGUAAAAGCGGUGAAGUAAAUUCUACUAAAGUGGCAAAUCUGGUUAAAGCCUAUGUAGACAAAUACAAAUAUUCACGGAAGGGGAGCCAAAAGAAAACUCUGGAAGAACCUGUGUCUACUGAAAAAAACAUAGGCUGAAUUGGGGAGCACUAUAAAGGACAUUAUCAAGAUAUCUGCAAAGUGCAAUUUCAACAUGUACCAUUAACUGAAAAUCAUGCAUAACUGUGAUUGAAAUUUGGUUUUGAUAAAAUUAUUUUUUUUAACGUAGGAUAUAAUGUUUUGUUCUAAAUAAAUAAUAGUUCUGCACUGCAACUUCUAUACCCUUCCUUCCCCUCCACCUGAAAAGAAAAUUUCAAGGGAAAGUAAAGUGUUUAGAGGAAGGUGCAUUUUUAUUAGGACUGUGUUAUAGUGUGGAUACGGAAGAUGUACAGCUUUUGAUUAAAACAACGGAGUGCAUAAAUUAGAGACUUCUAAGUGCACUGGUUUUGCAAGAUAUAUAUAUAUAUAAUACAUUUAUUCUGUCAGGCUAAAAAAUAAAGUAUGAACUUUAUGAUUUUUCCCUUUAAUUAUAGAAAGUUAAAUAAUGUAUUACCAUGAAAAAUAUUUCUAAUAUUAAAUAGAACAUACCAGUUGCAGGGUUCCUAAUGUGUAUUUUUACAGCACAUAUCUGAAUAAAUUGCUGAGAUAGAAGAAGACAAAUUAUCACGAGUAAAAUUUAGUGUUCAAACUUUUGAGACACUCUUCACCUGUUGUGUGACCAAAUAAAGGUUAUGCUGCUUGUUUCUCUUUUGUGCCUUUUUUUCCCCAGUUGAGAUGAAGCUGUUUGAUUUGCCAGAUCACAACUUUGGCAGUUCAAAAUCUUUGUUCAAUUUAGAUGACCAAUUUGGGGAAAGUGUUGACAUUGUAGAAAUUAUGUUCUUUCAUAAUACCUUCUACCCAUCAGAGAUGAUAAAUUAUUUGUGCCAACUGGAGAAUUGUGUUAAGUUGUGACCCUUUCUUCCUUGGGACUAAGGUAGAAUUUCAAGACCCACUGCAUUGGCUUCAGGUUGUUGUUGCUCAUCUAUCUAAUCACUAAUGAAAUUCUUUUUACACUUGAGAAAUCCUCAAAUGCUUGGCAAUGAAUAAAAUGUUAAUUUGGUGACUAUGUGUUGGCCGUUAGUCAUAUUGCAAAAUUCCACAUUAAAACUUGUGUUUUGUUUGGAAAGAAAGGGGGAAAUUGAAUAAUGAAGUCUUGGUUAGGUUUUCAGGGACUAGGGAUUUGGUUGUUUGUUUUUAAUACUAGUGUAUGUUAAUUUUUAUAAAAGGUAAGUCUAAAAUGUUCAGAGAGGCAUUAUUUUAAUUGGCAUCUUAAAAGAACAGUGGGUUUUCUCCAUGAUAAACUGUAUUUUGUUCCAGUAACAAUUUUCAAUAGAUACCAAAUAACUGGAAAGCUGUUCAAAUAAGAUCUUAAUGGAUCCAAGGUAGAUAAAUGUCUCAGUGAGAUAAACUGAUCGUUUUACUAGCUAAACUCUUUAGUGAGAGCAAUACUCUAUAGGACUGUGCUUUUCUAAAGUAAAGAUUAUCUGUUUUUUAAUUUUAUGUGCAUAAUAUUUUCCUGGUGCUAGCUUUGAUAGGCAAAAUAUUUUGAAAUGUUGGCUCCCAUUAUGAUUGUGCUAGUUCAUGAGCUUUGUUAGGUUAUGAGUAUAAUCCUAAAAGUAUUUCCAAGCAGUUUUUGAUCUUCAUUCUACAUUUCUGGGCAUUUGUAAUAUGGUAUUCUACUGACGUAUAUAUUUUUAAUUAAAGUUUGUGUGUAGAUUAUGAUGAAGUUUGGAGUAUAUUUCUUCUAAGAAAAUACUAAGACAGUGUUUCAAAUAUCAAUGCACACCUCGGUUGUUUUGGUUAAGAACUCUAGAAACAAUUGUGGGAACUUUCAAUCUAUUUUGAGUUAAGGCUGGUUCACACUUUAAAAAUUUUGUAGCAAAUUGCUGUGCUUAUGCUGAUUAACCACACAAUACAAACUCUGCAUUUUCUUUCAGUGACAUUUAGUGAAUUAGGUGACGUUUUAAAAUGUGCUUAUACCGUUUAGCUUUUGCAAAGAAAUUUUAAACUUUUGGAGAAAACCUACGUGGUAUGGUCAAGAGUUAAACUCUCCUAUGUUUGGUAGUACUCUCAUGAAUUAUUUCUACCUUUCUUGAAAAUAACAAGUAUGUGUUCCGUAUCUGGGGCACUGGUUAGACUGCAUUUAAAAUAGCUAAUGAGAAAUGUUUCUGGAUUAGAAUUCAACCUUUUUAAAUUUUGAAAUGUUUAAGAAUAUGUUAGAAAAUGCAUGCUUUAUGUUGAAAAAGUAUGUUGCAUUAACAUUCCCCAUUCUUGCUUUUUUCCAGAAAUUCACAUUAAUUUUGCAUGUGCACAGACUUAAAAAACAUUUGUAGGGUUACAUAUUGUUAUUUAUCAAGAUUCAGUAUUGACCUUUGAAACCUUGGUCCCUUUAACUUACUAGUCACAUUGACCGAUAUUUUAGGCUAUAUAGAUGCCUAGAAUUUUGAGACUAAUAGAAGUUAUCUAUGAUUUUAACAUUCCAAAAGUUUUAUGAUUUUUUUUUUUAUAAUUACAUUUUAUUACCUUCCUUUAAAUGAUUUCAGUGUAUACUGUUUGAAUGUUCCAUCCAAAAGAUGUAGCUUCAGAAGCACAGUGGUUGCCCCACGGUCCAUGAGACAUUGUUUGUAGUAUGAGGUUGGAGUGCUGUCUACUGAAAUAAUACUCUUAAAUAUGUAGUGUGUAAUAUUUUCUAAUAAAUUCUUUUGAUAAACAAA